AUGCUACGAAACUUAUUAAAUAGGUUUAAAUCAGUUCCAUCAUGUGGAUUUCACACCUCUCCAUGUUUAAACGAAGUUCAAUUACUAACCCGACUAAGAGUGGUGGAUAAUUCUGAAAUCGGAAAGCGGGCUAUGGCCGAAGGCAAACCUCCUAAAAUUAUUUGUGUUUAUAAUAAAAAACGUAUAGGAUACAUUGGUGACCGAGUGAUGGUAGCCAUUAAGGGUCAAAAGAAGAAAGGCAUAUUGGUGGGGUUGAAACAGACACAAAAUGUCAAAGUACCCAAGUUUGAUAGCAACAAUGUAGUAUUAAUAGAUGACAAUGGAACUCCGCUGGGCACCAGGAUACAUGUACCCAUCCCCACCAUACUCCGCACCAUACUUAAAGAGAAAACACAUGCCAAGGGAGCCGACUACACCAAGCUGCUCAGCAUCGCUACCAGAUUUGUUUAA